AGCCCUGUUUCUGUCUUGCAGGAGGGUGUGAAGACCGAGAACGACCACAUCAAUCUGAAGGUGGCGGGGCAGGAUGGCUCAGUGGUGCAGUUCAAGAUCAAGAGGCACACCCCACUGAGCAAGCUGAUGAAGGCCUACUGCGAGAGGCAGGGCUUGUCAAUGAGACAGAUUAGAUUCAGGUUUGAUGGGCAGCCCAUUAACGAAACAGACACUCCAGCACAGCUGGAGAUGGAGGACGAGGACACCAUCGACGUGUUCCAGCAGCAGACGGGAGGUGCGGCCUCCAGAGGGACCGUCCCCCACCCUGCAUUUGCUGUGGAGUGGUGAGCGCACGCCCAAGCUGAUCACCGGAGUCUGGGAAGCCAAGGACAGUCACCGAGCACCCACCUCUGUCGGGUGCACUCGCAGUGCAGCGCAGAACUGCAUCUACAGAGACGCGUCUACAGCUUCAAUUGGGCCAGGUUGUUUUUUGAUUAGAUAACAUGAGUUGUGAGGUUUUUGUUUUCAUUUUUUUUUUUUCUCCCCUCCAAAACAUUUUUCUGCGAGAGCUGUGACCGAGUGGCGGCUCUCACCCUGGAGUGGACUGCUCCUGAGCUGCCUGUCGUAAUCAUGUAGACAGCGCGUGCUCUCCCAGGGAGUACGGCUGUGGGAUGGAGCAGGGUUCCACUUGCUUUU